GGGUCGUGGGGUGUUGGCUCGGCCCUCCCGCUCACGUCUCUCCCCCGCUCUGUCUGUCUCUCCGUGCGUGUCUGUGUCUCCGCGGGUGGUGUCCCGCGCCCCCCGCCCCCGGCCGCAGCCACCAUGCUGACCCGCCUGUUCAGCGAGCCCAGCCUCCUCCCCGACGUGCAGAAGUUCUCGGGCUGGCCCGACGGCGGCGGCGGCGGCGGCGGCGGCGGCGGCGGCGGCGGCGGCGGCGGCGACGAGGAGGACGAGUCGCGUGUCGGCGACAAGGGCGACCCGGCCGGGCCGGCCAGCCGGCCGCCCAAGGCGUCCGUCCCGGCCCGCGACGAGGCGCCGGACGGCGGGCUGGGGGGCGGGGACCCCAAGGACGAGGGCGAGCUGGGCGGCGAGGAGGAGGACGAGGACGAGGAGGAGGAGGGGCUGGACGAGGCCGAAGGCGACCGGCCCAAGAAGCGCGGGCCCAAGAAGCGCAAGAUGACCAAGGCCCGGCUGGAGCGGUCCAAGCUGCGGCGCCAGAAGGCCAACGCCCGCGAGCGCAACCGCAUGCACGACCUCAACGCCGCGCUGGACAACCUGCGCAAAGUGGUGCCCUGCUACUCCAAGACGCAGAAGCUCAGCAAGAUCGAGACCCUGCGGCUGGCCAAGAACUACAUCUGGGCCCUGUCGGAGAUCCUGCGGUCGGGCAAGCGGCCGGACCUGGUGUCCUACGUGCAGACGCUGUGCAAGGGGCUGUCGCAGCCCACCACCAACCUGGUGGCCGGCUGCCUGCAGCUCAACUCGCGCAACUUCCUCACCGAGCAGAGCCAGGACGGGGCGCGCUACGCCGGGGCCAACGCCUCCUUCGCCGUCCACCCCUACCCCUACCCGUGCCCGCGGCUGGCCGGGGGGCAGUGCCAGGCCGGGGGCCUGGGCGCCGCCUCCCACGCCCUGCGGACACACGGCUACUGCGCCGCCACCUACGAGAGCCUCUACGGCAACGCGUCGCCCGAUUAUAACAGCUCGGAAUACGACGGGCCUCUCAGCCCCCCGCUCUGCCUCAAUGGCAAUUUCUCGCUGAAGCAGGACUCCUCCCCGGACCACGAGAAGAACUAUCACUAUUCCGUGCACUACUCGGCCCUGCCCGGCUCCCGGCCGGGCGGCCCGGGCCUGGUAUACGGCUCCUCGGCCAUGCGGGCCGGGGUCCACUCGGAAAAUCUCUUGCCUUACGAAGUGCACCUCCACCACGACCGCGCCCCCAUGUACGAGGAACUCAACGCCUUUUUCCAUAACUGAGAGCCGGUGGGGGUGGCGGCGGGGGCCCGGACGCGCCACCCCGACUCUUCCGCCUCUUCUCCUCCGCCUCCCCUGACCUCCCC